AUGUCCAAAUUCAAAAGGAAGAGGUUAGUUCGUGUUGUUUCGUGUAAACUUACUUACAAUUUAAUGUCGGAAGAGGUGUGUUACUUACUUCAAAUAUUUUAUGUUUGGAAAAUGUUUCAGCGCGAAGCAAACUACGAAUUCCGGCUUCCAGACUACGGUGCUUGCAAGCAUUUAUGGAAAUGUGCUAUAGAACAUCAUACGUUUUACAGGUACAAAAACCGUAUUGCUUGUUAUUAAGAACGUUAGCCGUAAUCAGCUUUUUCAUUGCCAUUAAUUCAAGGUUACUUGUACUCCAUUCUGUGCUUACAUUAGACAGAUUUAGAUCGAGGACCACACCGUUGACCGUUUUCACGUCACACCGUUUUCACGUCGUCUUUGACGUCCGCGUCCUCGAUCUAAAUCUGUCCAUUAUCACAACAGUGGUAACAAGGGUUGUUUACCAUUUACAUGUAAAACCCAUCCGGUUUGAAAUUGUGCUAAUGGUAAGCGAAAUUUCGGAUAGAAAAUCCCAUUCGGAUUAUGUGCUUUCCAUUUAAUAAUUUCAAUUGUUAAAUCGCGAAGAGCCUGGAACUGGUGAAAAAAAUUUUGAAAGUGUAAAUGGAACAACAUUUACCGGUUGAAACUUUCCAAUCGGUAAGAGAGGACAACCUUUUCAAACAAACCGUUUAUUCCGGAAAAGUUCCGGUUGGGCCGUCGAAAUAUGCUUGUUCCAGUUACUUUCCGUAUGGAAUCACCGGAAUUUCCAUGUAAAUGGUAUACAACCAAGAGUACUAGACAUGUGAGUUAUCCCACCAAAUUCACUCACAAUCUCACAUAUAUAAUCUAAAUGCUUGGUUAACUUUGUUCUAUUCUAUGUUUACAUUAUCAGAACAGUGGUAACUAGGCAUGCGAGCGUUAACUGAAUAAGGCAUUAUGAAUGAGCGUUAUGCACUAGUCAAUUGAAACCCCGGCCCCCCGACCCCCGGGAAAGAGCGGGGAAAUUAACAUUUUGACAAUGUUAAACUUUGGUAAUUUCCCCGCCACCGGGGGAAUAUUGACUGUUAAAGUUACCGCCCCUAUGGCCCGGCACUUUGCAAAUUUUCAUGACUUGGGAAAUGGGAAAUCGUUGAAGUAUAAAAUGUUCACAACAUGUGAAGGCAAUUCUUGAUCUUAAACUUUGAUCCGCAUCAAAAGAUACUGAAUAAGUCUACGUUAAUUUCGACUAUUUUGUAGUCAUCAUCAGGAAAGUGAAAAUAUAUUCCUUUUUUUUAAGAAAAACUAUGAGGAAACAAUGAUAAAACGGACAAAUUUUAUAAAAUAUCUUCUCUGACUUCGAAGAUUCCGCCAUGUUGCCACGACGAUAAACACGUUUCAGUCCACUUUCGUAUCAGCCGCGCGUUAAAGUCCCGGCUAAUAAAUUGACUUGUUAUUUCCCCUGUACCCCGGGGGAAAUGGUGCAUUAAACCCGCGUUAAUCCACGGCCAUUCCCCCGUUAAUUCCCCGCCCUGUCCCGGGGGUCGGGGGGCCGGGGUUUCAAUUGACUAGUGCAUUAACUGAAUAAGGCAAUGCUGUUUUGUUUUGUUUUUUCUAGUAACGAGAUUAAACCAGGAAGGGUUGCAUUUUUAAAUGCACUCAGAACGCACGGUCAAACCUUGCGUGAGAAUUGCACAGUUGGUUAUCAAGGCUAA